AUGAAAGUGGCAAGGGCUUGUCCUGCAAUCUCUCAUCUACUAUUUGCAGAUGAUAGUUUGUUUUUCUGUAAGGCAAACAAGGAAGAGUGUCAAACUAUUCUUAGGAUUCUAAAGGAAUAUGAGACUGUUUCAGGGCAACAGAUUAAUUUCCAGAAAUCGUCAAUUCAAUUUGGACACAAGAUUGAUGAAGCUACUCGGCAAGAGUUGAGAGAUAUUUUGGGAAUUCAAAAUCUAGGGGGAAUGGGAUCUUAUUUAGGCUUGCCGGAAAGUCUGGGUGGCUCUAAGGUACAAGUGUUUGGAUUUGUUCAAGAGCGGUUGAAUAAAAGGGUUAAUGGAUGGACCUUCCGUUUUUUUACAAAAGGUGGAAAGGAGGUGAUUAUUAAAUCGGUGAUUACGGCCUUACCAAACCAUGUGAUGUCUGUGUAUAGGUUACCAAAAGCUACAGUUAAGAAGCUGACGGGUGCUGUAGCACAAUUUUGGUGGAGCCCAGGAGGUAGUGCAAGAGGUAUGCAUUGGAAAUCAUGGGAUAAAGUGUGUGAAACCAAAGAUAAUGGUAGUUUGGGCUUUAAGGAUCUCAUGGAUUUUAAUACAGCAAUGCUUGGUAAGCAACUAUGGAGGCUAAUUGAGAAACCAAAUACUUUUUUUCAAGAGUUUUCAAAGGACGGUAUUACAGGAAUGCUUCACCCCUGGAACCGAUCCGAUCUUACUCUCCGUCAUAUGGCUGGAAGAGUAUUACUUCUGCUAGAUCUCUGGACUCUAGUGGAUCCGAAGGAUGCAAGAAUUAUUGAAAGUAUCCCUUUAAGUAGGAAUCAGAUUGAGGAUAAGGAUGGAUGGCAUUUUACUAAUAAUGGAAAAUAUUCGGUCCAAUCAGGUUAUCAGGUUGAACGUGUUUACCCUGAUAGGUUAAAACCUCCUGUUUUUAUGGCCCCACAGUGGAUAUACUUAAAGCUUUCUGCUGGAAAGUGCGGUGUCCACCAAAGAUAA